AUGUGUGUCGCAUGGCGGCUUCCUGUGGCCCUGCAGGCGGAGUGUGAGGGACUGGCAUUGUCCAGGUCCCACCGGCCCUGCCCCUGCAUGGUUCUUGAUGCUAUGCUGACCCACGCAGCGGUGUCCAUGGGCUCUGGAGACCAUCAUUUCAACCUUGUGGAGAUCCUGUCACAGAACUACAGUGUUGAGGGGGAGUGUGAGGAGCCUUCGAGGUGCUCAGACAAGCCCAAGGAGGAGCUGGAGAAGAACUUCAUCUCCCAGAGCAGCGACAUGCCCUUCGAUGAGCUGCUUGCACUCUAUGGCUACGAGGCCUCAGACCCCAUCUCAGAGCAGGGGAGCGAGGGUGGUGAUGUGGCUCCCAACCUCCUGGACAUGACCCUGGACAAGGAACAAAUAGCGAAGGAUUUGCUUUCAGGGGAAGAAGAGGAAGAGACGCAGCCAUCUGCUGACGACCUCACCCCGUCCGUGACCUCCCACAAGGCCUCCGACCUCUUCCCAAACCAGAGUGGAUCUCGUUUCCUGGCUGAUGAAGUCAAAAAGCCUGGCUCUUCUGCCUCCUCCGACACUGAGGAGGACUCCCUUCCUGCCAACAAAUGUAAGAAGGUACGUGGCUCUGCUUCUCCCCAACCUCGUAUCGACCACAGUCACCACAGCGGGGUCCUGCGGAGCCCUCUCCCUGGGCAUGUGCCCCUUCUCAGAGGAGGGAUGUGCUGCUCAACCCCGGGGUGGGCCGGGACUGAAGCCCCGGCUCCUGCUGCUGACCGAGUGUUUCUCCUCUGACAUCCUGU